AUGCCUAUUUUUGGCACCAAACCAAUUAUGCUCUAUGUGCAAAAGGAACAUGACCAUUCAUUCUUCGUCCCACCGUGUGCUGACUUUUGCAUCAACCUUCUGCUUGCGAAAAUUGCAGCAUUUGAUCACGUCAGUGAGGUUCUAAGGAAGGCAAAGGAAAUAACAAGGUUUAUAUAUGGCAAUGUGCUGGCAUAUGAACUGGUAGGGCGGUAUAUUGAUGACGGUGAGAUCCUGAGCAAUUCUUGUUUGAAAUCUGUUGCAGAGUUCAUCACAUUAGAUAGGUUAGUUUCUGUGAAAGAAAAUCUAGUUGAGAUGUUUAGCUCACCUGAAUGGGUUUCCUCUGAUCGGUCUACUAGAAUGUUUAACCCACUUGAUUGGAUUUCCUCUGGUUUCUCUACUACUACAAGUUUGUUCAGGCAUAUCUGUGGCAUAGUAAAGACAGAUGGUGCAUUUUGGUGUGCUGCUGCUGAUGUUUUGAAGAUUACAAAACCAUUUAUUGAUGUGUUGCUUAAACUAGAAUCUGAGGACUGUCCAAUGGGUAUCUUGUAUGACACCAUGGCAAGUGCAAAAGACAUAAUGCACAAUCUUGGAGAUAAAUAUGGUGAUAUUUUGCAUUGGGUUGACGAGAUAUGGUAUGGUUACUUGCAUUCCCCACUCCAUGCUGCUGGUCAUAUGCUAAACCCAAGGGUCUUUUACAAAGAUCCUUCCUGUGAUGAUCCUGAGCUCAGCGGUCGUAUUGAGGCCUGCACAACCGCAAUUGCAAAAGGCCAUUAUGAUCCAGGGAGACUGAAAGCACAAAUUGAAGUAUAUAAAGGAAGAUCAGGUUCUUUUGGUUCAGAUUCAGCAAUUCAGCAAAUAGUGGAGACACCACAAGUUGUUUGGUGGUCGGCGCAUGGGACAGACACGCCUGAGCUGCAGAGCUUCGCCACUCGGGUCUUACGCCAAACAUGCUUUGGCGCUAAAAGAUACAACAUCAGCAGGCAGGUAUCGGAGGAGGCGCAUGAGACGAGGGGAGCUGAUCUCGAAGAGCUGUACCGUGGGCUGGAGUACGCCCACCACAACAGGCAUUUUGCCAGCGCUGCACCACUCAUAGGCGGUCUUUCGGGGGAUCAGUGUGGUAAACCUGGCAGGAAGCUGGGGAGCGACUGGUUCCUGUAUCCGCGGCACCGACAGCAUAUCGUAAUCGGAUCAUCGAACACAUAGACAUAGCAAUUUUAUUCCUUGAACUUUCAUCAGUGCCGUGUGGGCACAAAUGUUGUGACAGAAUGUUUUUUUUUCCUUACAUUCAGCCAUCAGAGCCGUGGUAGCAGACAACAUAUGGACC